CGCUGUGUUUGGUGGCCGACACUCAGAGAGAAUUUCUGAGAUAAUUUAAGAUUGUAGCUUACUUCAUUAAUGAGUUACCUAUAUUCAGCGGAGCAAUUUUAUGAAAAAUGGAUCCACGAGAAGUUUCUCGCAGAAAAGCCCUGAAAGUAGCGGUUAGCGCCCUUGUCUUUGAAGUUGGCUAUGAAAAGGCUGAAGAAUCGGUGCUAGAAACCCUUACAGAAAUGUUGCAAAGUUUUUUAACAGAAUUAGGACGAAGUUGUAGAAAUUAUGCGGAGCUGGCUGGGAGGUCUGAAGGCAUGAUGACGGAUGUUUUCAUGGCUUUAGUUGAUAUGGGUCAAAAUGUACAGUCCAUACAGUCACAUGCUCGUCGGCACACAAAGAGUGUCUUUUUACCUCCGGCCCAUUCUGCAGCUCCACCCACCCUGAAGACAUUACAGGUGGGGGAUAGACCUUCACAUCCGUCACAUAUUCCUGAUCAUUUGCCAGCAUUCCCAGAUCCACAUACCUAUAUCAGGACUCUGACAAACAAGGCUCCAGUUACAGAGUACCAGCUGGUGCGAGAAAAGGCUGCCUCACAGAAGCGCGACAUUGAGCGGGCUUUAACACGCUUUAUUGCUAAAACCGGGGAGACACAGAAUUUGUUUCCAGACAACACAGAAGCAUAUCCUUUGAUUGCAGUUAAGCCCAAUCCUCUACCUUACCUAGAUGCUCUGCUGUGUAAAGAACAGGAUCUAGAAGACGAGGAAUCCACCAAUGGUGAAAGUGAAAAAAAGGUCAAAGAUCAGGACACAGGUCAACAGACUGGAGGUCAAGGAGAAACUCAGGAUGCAGAAUCUAUUGACAAUCCUUAUCUACGCCCAGUGAAACUCUAUAGAGUGAAGAAGAAAAUCAAAUUAACCAGCUGACCCUGUGACCCUGACUUGUAAGGACUGGGCAGUUUUGAUAGAUGUCAAAUUAGUGACUACAUGUAAGACCCCAGAUGUAGGCUGAUGUGCAGUAAGUGUUUUGAGUAGCGCAUCACUAAUAUCAUAGAGAUAUCUCUUGAAUCUGAAAGCAUAACACAUGCGCAGAUCUUUUCCCCAAGAGAAAUGUGGGUAACAGGUAUAUGAUGUCAAGCGGAUAAUGGAGAUAUAUUUUAGCUCACCUGCCACACAGACAAGUGAAAUUAUGCCAAUGUGCAGUGCCUGGCAUCAGUGGUUCAUUUAGAGUCAACUUUUCCCUUCAAACGACUUCGUUCUACUUGAUAACAAACAGGCCAAGAGUCCUGAUACCAUGGCUGGAAGGUUCUCAGAGUUUGUGAAAAAAUGAAAAACUUGACCUAUAUUCGAGUUUACAGUGGUCAAAUAUGUUUAGAUGGUAUAACCAUCAUAUACCUCAAAAUGGUGUUUAAAAACAAUUUACAUAACCUGAAAUAGGUAUUAUGACUAUUGUAUAUUCACAAAAAAUUCAAAUAAUUUUUGUCGUGAAUGAUAUUUGAUAUUGAAAUGUCCUUAUUGUUGUUCUGGUUAUAUUUUUUGACAAAUAAAUUGAAGACAUACAUGUAUAUACUGUAUGUCACUGAACUUAUCCAAGAUUUUGAGACCAUGUCCCUGUAGCUCGAUGUUCACCUGUGAAACGAGAGGUCACAUCCAUGCGAUGUGAACGCAGUAAUAAAAACAAAAAAUACAAGACCAACCUAUAAUGAAAAGAAAGGAGAUGAAUACAUUU